CAACGCGCGCGCGCGCACCCCGGACGCAGCAGCCGCCGCCGCGGACGCUUGGAUGGUGCAGAGGGCGGAGGAGGCCGCGGCGAUGAGUGUCGAAGUCCCCGCGGGGCUCACGGAGCUCCUCCAAGCCUUCACGGUGGAGGUGCUGCGCAGCCGUCCCGCGGACCUGCUCGACUUCGCGGCGGCGUACUUCGCCGAGAUGCGCCAGCGGGCCAGGGAGCGAUGCGGGGCUCCCGCGCAGCAGCUGGCCGACGGAUUCGACGAUGCACACGGCCGAGGGGUCAACUUUUCCGAGGAGAACGUGGCCGGACACUCGUCCAACAGCGACAACAACGGGGACGACGAUCGGGACGAUGACGACGACGACGAAUCCGAUUUCGAAGCUCCGGUGAUCAGCAGAUUCACAAGGAGAGCAUCCGUGUGUGCGGAGGCUUACAAUCCAGACGAAGAGGAGGAAGACACCGAAACCAGAGUCAUUCAUCCAAAAACAGACGAGCAGCGCAACAGACUUCAGGAGGCCUGCAAGCACAUCCUAAUCUUUAAAAACCUAGACCAGGAGCAGAUGUCACAGGUUCUGGACGCGAUGUUUGAAAAGACCGUGGAGACUGGGGAGCACGUCAUUGACCAGGGAGCUGAUGGAGACAACUUCUACGUCAUUGAGAGGGGAAUGUACGACAUCUACGUGACGACGAACGACGUGUCGCGCUGCGUGGGUGCCUACAACAACCGGGGCAGCUUCGGCGAGCUUGCCCUCAUGUACAACACGUCCAGAGCCGCCACCAUCAUUGCCACGUCCGAGGGGGCCCUCUGGGGACUGGAUCGCCUUACCUUCAGACGGAUCAUCGUAAAAAAUGCAGCAAAGAAACGAAAAAUGUACGAAUGCUUCAUUGAAACAGUACCUCUACUAAAGUCUCUUGAUUUUUCUGAGAGAUUAAAGGUCGUCGACGUGAUAGCGUCGAAAAGCUUUCAAGAUUCCGAGCGGAUCAUUGCCCAGGGAGAAAAAGCUGAUUGUUUUUACCUCGUCGAGUCCGGGGAAGUGAGAAUUGCGAUGCGGAGGAAGUCGGUGGCGGAGAUGGACCCGCGGGAGGUGGAGAUCACACGGUGCACCCGCGGCCACUACUUUGGCGAGCUGGCGCUCGUCACCAACAAGCCGCGCGCCGCCUCGGCCUACGCCAUCGGGGAAGUCAAGUGCGCCGUGAUGGACGUGCAGGCGUUUGAGCGUCUGUUGGGCCCCUGCAUGGACAUCAUGAAACGGAACAUUGAGCACUACAAGGGGCAGCUGGUGGCCUUGUUUGGAGAGAGCGUUGACCUGACUGACCCUGACCUGUGACACGUCCGACAUUGAGGCCAUUCCUCUGUGUUCAACUUCCCUCUUCUCUGGCCUGGCCCUACCAGGGUGGGUGAAGGAAGGGGCCUGCGGGUUGGUAUUGGGUGGGGAGGGGGGGUGAGAGUGGCGCUGGGAGGUGGGGAAAAGAACGGGAGAAGGGACAUGUGAGUGUCCUCACCUAUCCUGCAUAGAAAUUGAACACUCCAAAGUUAAUAUCACACGUCUGUGCUUCUGCACCAGCCAUACGUAUCAUUGCGGGUGUGCGACGAUGGCUAUUGAGUGUCCUGCUUUGCAUAGGGGUUAUCAUCAAACCCUCGUAAUGAGGGUUCUUUGAUUAGAUGAGCAUCUAAAGCAAUGUGAAGGAGCAAAGCCCAAGUUCUAAGUUGUGUGUUUUUUUUAAAAUCUGUGACCUUAUAUGAACGGUGCUGCGGACAUCGCUGCUCCACUGUUGAUUAGUUUUUGUGUUAUAAUUUUUAUUUGUCUCACUUUGCGGUGGGUUAAUAAACAUGAACCAUAUCACAUGCCGGUCAAGUCAGUUGUUUUAUACUGAAGAAUCAUCCAACCAGAAUAUAAGGUUUUAAACUCCCACCAGACUUGUCAAUGUCACUUAUGCGAGGUCAGGAGACAGUAAUUUGAAUUAAUUUGCAGUAGAUACCUUUUCAAGUUGGAACCUCUUGUUGAAAUUAUGAGGCUUAAUAUACACACACACCAUUGCUAACGUGUGUGAAAUCUUCUCUCUGUUUUUGGGUCGUACCGCCUGUCCGACGUUUUCCUCCAAGUGCCGAGAGUUCUUCAUGAACUGAAUUGAUUAAGUUUCCCGGACGUGGUGUGAAACGUCGGACAUCAUGCCGAACUCGCACGCGUUACAACCUGAAAACACAUCGGAGAGCCAUACAGCACAACCGCUAACACCGGCGACGCAGUGGUACAUGUGAAACGUACUUCGUCAAAAGUAAUUCCGAACAAUAUAUUUAAAGUGCCAAUUGUUUGAAAAAGAACGGUUAGCAAGGCUCCAAAAUUUUGACGGUGGUGUUGUGAUUUAUCGUUGUUAACUAUCACCAUCUAGAAGACAAUGCACAAAAAGGCCGCAUUGUGAACACACUCGCCUUAACCUGGAACUUACAAUGUGGACAAGUUUCCACCUAAAGGCUCCACAGUAUUCGUAGCCAACGUGCAAGUAUAGGAAUUGCGUGAAAAUGAUCGGAUUUUGUUUAUUUUAAAACGGACUGCAUUAUUUUAUAAGUGGACACGUAUGAAGAUAUCAUGUUUGGUUCUGAAAUUAAACACCAGAACAUGCACGAAAAGCUCCAUUUGGCCGCGCCAUUCAUAAAUGACACGUUAAUGGUAAAAUUAAGUAAAUGUAUUGUUACAGCACAAGAUGAUCCGUUUGCAUUAUGUAAAUGCAUAAACUGUCUGACAUGUCCCCGGUUAGACUUGGGUUUUGUACUGUAUGAAAUUAGCAUUAGGACAAUCAGUUCGCAAUGAUGGUUUAUUGUGUCUUUUUUUAAAGCAGUAUGUUAGAAGUGAUAGAUAUGAAAUUCGCUACGCAUUGCCAAAUGUGGGUCAUCAUCCAUUGACAAUGUGUUUCCUUCUGUGUAAGUACUGUACUCUGGUGUCGCCGUGUGUCUAGUACUGCUGUGGUGUGUGGUCUAUGCCUUUCGAUCUCAUAUCCAAAUCCAUGUUACGGCGACCUCUGAACCUUGGGCCGAAAUUCACGUGAAGUUUGCCACUUCCAGCGUCACAUGCACGUUCAGCUAAAUAUGCUGAAAUCUUAACAGCUCCAAAAAAGUAAGAAUUUAUAUAUGCCCUUCAUCGCUCCAUAGGGAAAGUAUCCAAUCAUCGCCGAUUGUCAAUGGCCUGCCACAUGGACCAGUGCUGUACAAUUUCGUGAGAGAAUGGUACUUAAAAGGCAGCAUCAGAAGACGGACAGCUAAACUGCAUGAUGAUAUAAGAAUUUGCAUAUCACCAAAACACAGUAUCAUAAUUUAUAUUUCCAGAGGGAUAUUCAAAUUACCAUUAUGCACAGCCAUAUGUAUGCAUAUGUGCGCAAUACUGUGAUGUAUACGAAUUUGGUCUGAGUAUACAUUUGUCAUUGGAUGGACUGCGCAGUGGCAUAGGAAUGUGGAACUUCCACCACUGGCUCAAACCAUCAAUGGAGAUGCGCAUGACUGCACAUAGGCAUAUAAUUAUUUGCUCCCUGUCCACCCCCACCUUAAUUCCAUGACUUGUCACAAGAAUAACUAAAUAUUAUUUGUCUUGCUCUUACUACCUCAUUUGUAUAGUUUCACCAUGUUAUUCUGUCUAUGUACUUUAAUUAUGUGCACUCCAUGAGCCGAACUGCCCCAUUAUGAUUUAAGUUGCACACAUCAUAAAUACGGUAAUCGAUUGUAAAUGUUAAGACUCAAUUUUAACCAAUGAAUUGAUGCGUUGUUACAUGCCUAUCGACAGACGUGCAGAAAGCAGUGCAUCUCUGUCCCCCUUACAAUCCACGCAUUCUUCAAUGGCAAAACAGUAUUUAAUCCAAAUACAUUACAGUGCUGUGUUGAGAAAACAUUCCACAGCUGUGGCUUCUAGACACCCAUUCCCGGAGAACGGUGAAGACAAUUGAAAUUCAAAUUAAAACAUCUAUUGUACCCGAAGCGUAUACAGUACUCGAGUGCGAAAUCCCAGUGCAAUAGCCCAACUGGAAAAUAUAGCGUUCAUUUUCUGGGCAUCUCCCCCCCCCCCCCCCGUGAGAUACACUGUUUUACACAUCUAAUAACGUGUUCCACUGAGGCUUGAACCACGGUUCACACCUUGCGGCCAUGGACGUUUUGGAUUUAACGUGCGAACAGAGAAAAAGGCUUGGCUGAGAUUGACUGCAUUUCACCUCUUGUCAUCGUAAUUUUCACUCUGUGUCCGUGUUUGCAUCUGGGCCCUGCUUGAGCCCAUUCAUAUCAACCGACGAGGCUUAAAUAAAACUACGUACACCUCAAGUGAAACGUGUGCAGUACAGAUGUAGGUCACCUCGGGUACCUUUUGAAAUUACCCAUUUUUUUUUGUUAAUCACAGUCACAUCAGCGUACUGUGUGCCGCCGAGUGGAAACGUGACCGACAAAGCAACUACCUUGCCUCCCAGUGGAGGAGCUAUGUAAGAUGUGGAUUGCGGGCGGUUGCAGCUGCACAAGGGCAGGAGGUGGCCCAGGCACUGGGUUUCGAAGAGGGAGAGGACUUUGACAUGGGGCACCCCAUUUAAUAACUCCGUGCAACCAGGGGCCGUUGCCAACAACACGUAACGCCACCGCUGUCUUGUCUAGCUUAAAACAAAAGUGUUACUUCUAGAUUUGAAGCUUUCCUGACUGCAAUGAUCCAUACUCUUUGGUUCUUUCGGUAAAAUCACGUGUUACUAACGGUGCAGUGGUCGCCACUCGUCGAGUGCUUUGCAAGCUGCAAAGCCGCUGCACAAGAGAUCGACCUGCAGGAAGGAUGUGUCGUGUAAAAAAAAAACUCUGUUGUAAAAUACAUUCACGGCAGCCAGUCGUUAUGGCUACUCUGUGUGCGUCUCCAUCCACAUAGCUCGCCGCAAACCGAGGCCGUCGUUUCAGAGGGACGUAGCGUUGACAUACCGUAGUUGCCGAAUGUAAUGAGUGACGGAACAAACGCCCCGGGGCAAGGCGAAACUGGUGCAACACAUUAUAAACCAUUUACUGUACGUAAAACACUGCUGUAAUAAAACGAUCUUCCCAAAA